AUGUUACGUCGUUACUUCCUGUAUUACUCUAUGACGAUAAUGUUACGUCGUUACGUUUUGAAUGACUCUGUUGUGGUAAUGUUACGUCGUUACUUCCUGUAUUACCCUAUGACGAUAAUGUUACGUCGUUACGUUUUGAAUGACUCUGUUGUGGUAAUGUUACGUCGUUACUUCCUGUAUUACUCUAUGACGAUACUGUUACGUCGUUACGUUUUGAAUGACUCUGUUGUGGUAAUGUUACCUCAUUACUUCCUGUAUUACUCUAUGACGAUAAUGUUACGUCGUUACGUUUUGAAUGACUCUGUUGUGGUAAUGUUACGUCGUUACUUCCUGUAUUACUCUAUGACGAUACUGUUACGUCGUUACGUUUUGAAUGACUCUGUUGUGUUAAUGUUACGUCGUUACUUCCUGUAUUACUCUAUGACGAUACUGUUACGUCGUUACGUUUUGAAUGACUCUGUUGUGGUAAUGUUACGUCGUUACUUCCUGUAUUACUCUACGACGAUAAUGUUACGUCGUUACGUUUUGAAUGACUCUGUUGUGUUAAUGUUACUUACACUACGAAUAACCAACGAAUUUAAUGCAACCGCAAAAUGGGAACAGUUAAAUAUAAGCACCCCACAAAUAGAAACACGAUUCUAUAAAUUCAUGGACGUGUGGUUGGAAACGUCCAAUCAACCAAGUCUGAACAAAAUUAUAUCAGCUUUACAAGAGAUGAAGAGGAAUGAUAUAGUCAAUAUUAUUGAGAACGAUACCAAUCUUAAUGAACAAUUUACUUGGGAAAAUGAAAAUAAUGAAGGUAAUGACGAAGGAACUUCAGAAUUCAACGCACAUGCAAAAUGGGAACAGUUAAGUCACAUGCAAAUCGAUACACGAUUCUUUAAGUUGAUCGACAUGUGGCACGAAAAACACAAAGAUCCCAGUUUACAACAAAUUAUUACUGCAUUAAAAGAAAUAGGUAGAAAUGAUUUAGUCAAUGCUGUUCAGAACGAUGUCAUUCUUAAAAAAAGACUUGAUAUAGAAAGUACGAAACAAUGUGAACGAAAACCUCCAAUACAAGCCAUUGAAGUCUCAACCAAAGCUGAGAGAAAUGAGGAACUUUGUGUUUCCUCUGAUAUUAACUGCAGUGAUGACGAAAAGACCAGUCAAGAUGAAGACAAAGAAGCAGGAAGAUGUGUUGACACAAGUUGUGGUCUACAACCAUCCCAAUCAUCAGAUGAAUCCAUUAAAAUUAAAAGUACAACCGAACCUCUUCCACGCAACGAAACAGCUAAACUUCCUCCAGACAACGAAACAGGCAAACAUCCUGCAGACAACGGAACAGCAAAACUCCUUUCAGACAACGAAACAGGCAAACUUCCUCCAGACAACGAAACAGCCAAACAUCCUUCAGACAACGGAACAGCCAAAUAUCUUCCACACAACGAAACACAAGAACAAGGUAUAAGUUACGACGUUAUUGAUAAUGAAAACUUUUUACAAAACAGCGAAAUAACCCUUUAUCUCCUUUGA